AUGAUCGCCGUGAUGGAGAAAGAGACUCCAGAAUCAAGGGUCAUUGCGCUAGCAACGAUGCCCCAACGCGCAGGCGCUCGAUGUGCCGAGGAUGAUUGGACGGGGGUCAUUGACCGGAAGGAACGCAGGAAAUUGCAGAACCGGCUGAGCCAGCGACGUUAUAGGUUGAAGCAGCGUGAUACAACAAGUUCAUAUGCCGCGGCGCCUAUAUCCGCCACGACAGCCCUAGUCAGAUCCGCAUCCACCGUGUCUUCGCCUUUCUUCAUAAAUGCAAGUGAUACAGGGCUCGAGAACACAUUCCAAUGCGCCAAUGCGCCACCUCAUGCACUUCACUUCCGGCAAUGGGUUGAGACGACGGCUUACCACAAUUAUUUACAUGGCAGUCCCAAAACAGACCAACUCAUUAGUCUCAGUCGAGUCAACGUUCACCGCGCCAUCAACGAGAAUAUUGCUGCAAUAGGUAUGACCACAGAUUGGAUGAAAAGCGAUGAUUCCAUUUCUAUAUUCAAUCUCGCCCAGCCGGGUUUCACAGUAGAGGGAAUACCACCUGCUCUACAGCCGACUGCUGUCCAAACCAAUAUACCGCACCAUCCCUGGCUGGACUUCUUUCCAUUCCAAGGUAUACGCGACCGUCUUAUUCUGGCGGGUGAUUCGUUUGAUGAUGACGACUUGUGUCAUGAUCUGAUGGCGUUCUGGGAUACGCGAAAUACGGCCGCAACAUUGCUUGUAUGGGGAAAUUCAUGGGAGCCGAAGAAUUGGGAGGUUACGGAGAAUUUUGCACGGAAAUGGAAAUGGUUGCUUCUUGACUCCCCGGGGCUAUUGGCUUCAACUAAUGUUUGGAGGAAGUCGAGAGCUGAGCCCCCUCUGAACUGGAGGGAGAUUUUGCGAUAA